CUUAAAGAGAACAAUAACUGUGACACACAUUUAGCAAUAACGUCCAUCAUGGAUCAUUACACUAUUGAUAAAAAUUGGACUGAGGACAGGAUCAUAAAUGUUCACGUUUGAAGCGCCCAUUUUAUAUCAGGUUAGAGGUAGUUGCUGAUUCCUGUCCCUGGUCAGCUCCACAGUUGAUCACAGAAGCUGUGGGUGAUUUAAAUCUAAACCAACAAAUCACAACUGUGUGGCUAACAGCAGCUGACUGAACAGACACAGCAGGAGAUUUUUUUUUAAGAUCAAUUUGAAUGGAAGCCAAUAAAUCUGAGCUCUUGGAUCUAAAAGCACGUGACUGAGAACAGUGGAGGUUUAAGCCUGAAGAACAUCUCAAGAACAGAAAACAUCAACCUUCACUUUUCAGAAGCCUCAAUAUUUGUUUUUUAAAAUUAGAAAAAUUCACUUCUUUGUAGUUAAUUUAAUUAAUAACAUACAACAAAACAGGAAAUGUUCAAGUUUUUAAAAAAAGAAGAUGGUCUCAAGGGGCUUCCAAAUGCUGUUAAAAAAAUCAAACUACUAAAUUCAGAUUCAGGAUCUCUCUCAGUUUAUCUGAUUUCUCUGGAAAAGGACAAAGAAUUCACUGUAACUGGAUGCAGGAGUUUCAGUUUUGGGAAAGAGUCCAGUAAACCCAGUCGCACUAUAAUGGUUCUUGGAGCAACUGGUGCUGGGAAGUCAACUCUCAUCAAUGGGAUGAUCAAUUACAUUCUAGGUGUUAAAUGGGAGGAUUACUAUCGCUUUAAGUUAGUUGAUGAAGAUCAGUCAAAAUCACAAGUUCACAGUCAGACCUCUGAAGUCACUGUGUACAAAAUCCACCACCAGGCGGAUUUUACAGUCCCGUUCUCUCUGACCAUUGUGGACACUCCAGGAUUUGGAGAUACGAGAGGCAUAAAAAGAGACGGCGAGAUUGUAGAACAGCUCCGUAACCUCUUCUCUGCUCAGCACGGUGUCAGUGAAAUUGAUGCUGUGUGUUUUGUAGCUCAGGCUUCUUUAGCACGACUCACAGCAACACAGAAAUAUGUGUUUGAUUCAGUGCUCUCGAUCUUUGGCAAAGAUGUGGCAGAAAACAUCAGGAUUCUGGUGACAUUUGCAGAUGGUCAGAGACCUCCAGUUCUAGAGGCGAUCAAUGCUGCAGGAGUCCCAUGUCCUAAAACCAAAAAUGGGCUGCCAGUUCACUUCAAAUUCAAUAAUUCAGCUCUGUUUGCAAACAACAAAUCACCUGAAGCUGAUAGCGUGUGUGAUGAUGAUGAAGAAGGCAGCUUUGAUCAGAUGUUUUGGGAGAUGGGGACAAAAAGCAUGAAGAGAUUUUUUGAUGCUCUGAAUGUCAUAGAAACAAAAAGUUUGACAAUGACAAAGGAGGUCCUCAGAGAAAGAAAUCAGCUCGAGAUUUCAGUGGAGAAUCUGCAGAAACAGGUUAAACUUGGAUUAGCAAAGCUUGAGGAGAUAAAAGAGACGAGUGACAAACUUAAAGAACAUGAAGCAGAGAUCAGCAGAAACGAGAACUUUGAGUUUGAAGUUACUGUCAAAAAACCUGAUCAAGUGGAUAUUUCUGGCACUGGAAUUUAUCUCACCAACUGUCAGCAGUGUCAUUUUACCUGUCAUGAUAACUGUGCAUAUGCAAAUGAUGCAGAUAAAAUAAAGUGUUGGGCAAUGGGAUCAAAUGGAUACUGUACUCAGUGCCCAGGCAAAUGUAUCUGGAGUGUACAUUUUAAUCAGAAGUACAAAUGGGUGUAUAAAGAAGUUAAAGAAAAAAGAACAAUAAAAGAGCUGAAAGAAAAGUACCAGAAAGCUGAAGGAGAGAAGAUGACUGUUCAGAAAGUGGUUGGUAGACUGAAGGAAGAGUAUAAACGUUUGCAGGCUGAGGUGGUGAAACUGAUGCAGAGAUCUGCAGAGUGUCUGAACAGGCUCAAAGAGAUCGCACUGAAGCCAAACCCUCUGUCCACUCCAGAGUACAUCGACAUGCUCAUUGAAGGAGAGAAACAUGAGGGCAAACUAGGCUGGAAGGAACGAGUUCAGGCUCUGAUGAAGAUGAAGGAAAAAGCAGAGACUAUGGCUAAAGUAGAGAAAGGAGAGAAACUCCUCCAUCAUCCUUAGCCAAGUCCAGGAAAGCACACAUAGACACAGGCAGCAAUAUAAUGAUAGAGGGUUCUCUGUAAUUAUUGUAGGGUCAUUACCCACAAUACAAAGCACCUGGAGGUGACUGUUUGGUGUGAUUUGGGGCUAUAUAAAUAAAAUUGAAUUGAAUUAAAGUCACAGCAACAUUUGAGUGAUUUUAAAGUUUGACCACCUCAGAUGGGCAUUCCUGAAUUCUGAUUUAAACAUUUUUGCAAGGUAAUGCAGUAAAACAUGCAAUGUAAGACCUAAAGAAAGCAUGAGUUAAAUACUUGUUUUUUAUUUCCUGUUUAAAUAGUUUUUUCCAUUGUUUGACACAUGCUACCCUCAGCUUUUAGCUCAUUUUAAUAUGAAUCUGUUUUGUUUAGAUGUAACUAAGCUGUAAUCAUUUAAUUAAUUUAGUUUAGUUUAUUCGGUAAUCACUGCCAGAGCACACACACAUGAAACUCAGCAUAAGAAACCAGGAUUACACAAUAAAGUGUGAACACUUAUUUCCAUUGUGGUCCCAAUUAAAAAAAUGUAAUGACAUCCUUUCUGACCGUAACUGUUCAAAGAAUUUCCUGAAUCUCAGAAAAAUAAAGUGCUUUGUAGGCUUAUUAAAGAUUUAAGUGAACAUGUAUAUCUGAGCCUGUAUAUAUAUACACGUUUGACCCUGUGUGA